AUUGAAUAUUUUUUUAACCAAUCACAGCCUGAGCAAAUUCCCAUCUGACCAAUCAGAGGCGGCCUCGGUCGGAUGCUGCAUCCGGAUCAAAUUGAAUACAGAGCAUCCUCAGCAAGAAGACAUCUCUCCGCAAACAUACAAUGGGGCGCAGAAAGUCAAAGAGAAAGCCGCCUCCCAAGAAAAAAAUGACCGGGAACCUGGACACCCAGUUUACCUGCCCGUUCUGUAACCAUGAGAAAUCCUGUGACGUCAAAAUGGAACGGACCCGCAACACGGGAAUUAUAUCCUGCAGCGUUUGCUUGGAGGAGUUCCAGACUCCUAUAACAUAUCUGUCCGAGCCCGUGGACGUUUACAGCGACUGGAUCGAUGCCUGUGAAGCAGCCAACCAGUAACCACGUCAUCCUAAACUCACCUCCUCCUCUAACCUCACUCUCCGCUCGGUGAAUUAGUUUCCUAUUGAGAUAGCACAAUGUAGCCAAACCUCUUUUUUCUCUCUUCAAGUGUGUGACAGUGUCCGUUUCACUUUGUUACAGUGUGGUUUUCUGACUACGACACAUUCCCUCCGGCUGGGCCAGAGCGUUGCCAUGUCUCAGUCACACUUCUCAGUGUAAAUGUUGGAUUAAAUCGUGAUGCUUUUUUUGGACCAAACAGUCAUAUUUUAAUGUAACCUGAAAAAUACUUCCAAGUGUUGAACAUUCCAUGUCCUCCACUGGUAUUUUUUGUGAUUUCUGGAAACAAUCCGAUUGUUUUUCUUUAGAUUUUUGUAUUUACGGAUUACAAUGACACAAUGCUCUUAUAUGACGGGUAGUUUUUGUUUUCUUUGUAACCCUGUCACUAAUGCACUGACAACCUUUAUAUUUUUUCCCCAAAUCUGUUUUAUUCGUACUGGUAUAUAUUUGUACUGCUGGAUUUUCCUUUAAAAAAAAAAAAAAAAAAAUUACAAUCAUGUAAUUUUUGACGACACUAAGAAAUUUCACGUGUACUCU